AUGCCUAAUGCAUGCACGUUAUCCCCCCAAGAUGUUGCCAGUGUGCUUGUUAAAUUAACCUCGUCUGUCAUCGACGAAAUUGCGGCCAGUAAAAGUGACAUAAACGACUAUCUGCCUGAAUAUAGCAGCAAUGCCCUCGACACAGUGCAGUGGAGCUCUCGCAUCUCAUGUGGAGCUAUGCCAUGCUGCUUACCGGUUUUGGGGGAUCCAAUUGCAUUUUUUGAGCCGAAUCAGACUCCAGGAGUGGUACGUGCGCAUAUCAACAAUCGUGAGCAUUUUCUUUUGCAUAAGAAACGCAUCCACAACCUGCUAGGUUUUCUUCACGUAUCUGCGCCUUCCUCGCGGCUACUGCUACAGCGUUCGGGAGAUUUCUUCCAGUACUCUCUGACAACAUAUUCUGUGCAGGCAUCUGAAUCGAUUUCUCUUGAGAGCUCCUUUGAAAUGCUUAAAAGGGAGAUCGUGUUGUGGAUCAUGCAGGCGUCUGCCACGACUGUUGGGAAGACAAAGCAGACAAAGCUUGCAGAAAUCGAGUCUAAGUUUCCUUUUCUGUUGCUGCUAUCUCCGACGCAGCGCGUAGACUACUUGGCCGAGGCAAUCGACACCUAUGCGCAUGGUGCAAUUGUUUGGUUCGACAAGACUGCCAUUGUUGAGACAGGAUUACCGACCUGUUUUUGCACCGACGUCGGAACCAAAGGGGAUCGGCGCCGAGUGUCUGCAUUGCGUCUUGCCCUAGACCACGCUUCCUCUUUAGGAAAUUAUGACAGAAUUGAAAAACUAUGCAACGCUUUGCGAGUCAUACUAGAAAUGCUCCUCAAAAGCGCUAACGUGGUCAUGUCCGAACAACUGCUAAAGUGCCUGGGCAUCGCCUUUCAGGUAAUGAGUCCUUUUAUCAAUGAGGGGCUGAAGAUCACAGAAAGGCCGCCACUCACCCUAACCACCCAGCUCGACCUUAUUUUAGAUUACUGCAACACAGGUGACAUUGGCAAGCUUAUGGAGUGCUUUGACUCCAAGAAGAAAUCCCAAAAACGUCGAACCGAUGGACUCUCCUUUCUUGUUUCAGUUUUGCAGCAUACGAGUCGGCAUCGGAGGUGCUCACAUGUUAACAGUGAGUCCAUCUGUGUGCGUCCCAAGCCGCCUUUGGCGGAAAACGCAUCCGCGUUUUUCGCGUCAGUUUUACCCCCUGAGUCCUCCCAACACACUCCUACCACACUGGCCAUCGAUGGGUGCUCGCUGAAGAGUACGCUGAUAGACCAAUGGGAUGGGGAUAAGAUCCGUGCCGUAUCGUUGCUUCCGGAUAGUCAACCCAUGAACAUACGGAGAAAGGUGUUAAGUGAGCUUGUUCUUUCCAUUCACUCACCUGCCCAUCUCCUUCUACGCAAUUCGAAUCACGCGGAAGAAAAUGCUGAACUGAAAUUGUUUAUGGGAAAGCAUGCUCGUGGCUUGGAGGAGAGCGUGUUUGAUGACACCGAGUCUUAUGCUCUCAGUAUUAUUCGACAACGAGCAUUUUCGAAACGAUCUCGGAAUGAACGCUAA